AUGAUUCUGUCGUUCGUUACACUCCGCUUUGAGUUCUUCGUGCUUGGACACUUCAUAAGUGGUCUCCUAUCGGCACUCAAAGUUGUGCUGUUCAUCUACCUGGCCGAAUGCAGUCCUGAUGACAAGCGAGGAUUCACAUCCAUGGUUGUUAAUUCCGGUGGUGUGAUCGCAGUGCUAGUACUCACACCGCUGUGCCUUCCAAGUCUUGCCGGUUCCGACAGCUUGUGGUGUGUGCUCCCGGCGAUCUGUGGAGUGAUGGCUAUUGGGCAUCUAAUGAUAGCCAUCCAUUUUCCACAGAGUCCCAAACAGCUAUACAUUCAGGAGCAUAAAGAAGAAGAGGCCAGAGCGGCGUUACAGUUCUACUAUGGAGAUCGUUACAACAUAGAUGACGCGAUCGAAGAGAUGGAGACCGAAAGAAUCUACGAGUCACACAAGAGUAUAUCACUCAGGGAUAUCCUGAGGCACGGCACAUAUAGGUACUCUUUCUUCCUGGUUCUGCUCUGUGCUUUCGUGCCCACAUGUUCUGCACUUAACAUGAAGCUACAGUACCUUGUUUCAUGGUUGAACGAAUUACGGCAUGUCGCAGUCUCAAGCCACUUCCGCAAUGACGGUGAUCAGCGUUGUGUCCGUACCGCUGUGCUUCGUGUCGCCACUUUUCAUAGAACGAUGUGGACGCCGCACGGUCUUCAUACUUAUUACCGUGUUAUGCGCCGUCGAUUACUCAGUGUUCUCGGGGCUACGAUGGGUCAGUGUGCUGUAAAUUUAGGCCUUUUAAUCAUGGCACCAAUGAUGAUAUCUGAAGUCUGCCCUCACAACACGCGAGCUGCUAUAUCUCAGUUGACUCAAGCUUUGCCUGCUGCUGUGGGGAUGGUCGAAGUUUUGAUAUUCCCUAAUCUGCGCUCAUACUUUGGAGCUGGAAUCUACUUUUUUCUUGCCGCAUGCUGUGGACUAUUAGUUUUGGCUCUCCACAAAAGGAUGGUUGAGACCAAAGGUUUGCCUGUGGAUUACAUUGUUCGACGAAUCCAUCGCGAGUACUCUCGUGAGAGCUUAUUCACCUCCAAUGGAGGCAACUACGGUUCUUUGAUACACGAAAACGACAGUUUUGUGUCAAUGCACCACGGGUUACCACAGUCAUGA